UUCCGAACCUUUGUAGUCAUGUCUACAUUGAUUCCAGGUUACUUACAGAGAGCGUCUCAUUUCUGUCUUCUGUCAUUGAUAUCAGUCUCUUGACGCGCUUACGUAGGGUGUGCGCCACAUCUUCAGGGCUCAAGGGAGACGGAAGUUCAGCACGGAGCACCGACGUUAGCUCGUUUCUUCGGGCUGUGUGAGAGCUCUGUUAACCUUUCCUGGAAAGUGGGGUGAACAGUUUUACCUGAGUGGUUCUUGUGGGGACAAAAAGUAAAGUAACGCUUCGAUUAACAAAUAACACCGUCUUACCUGUCAUACUCUAAAUCCGAGUUAAGGGGACUACAGAACAGGCUUCAUCAUCAUGGCUCCACAUCCUGUAAUGCAGGCAAUCAUUGACUUUUCAGCAGGAGCAGCAGGUGGUACAGCCUGCGUGCUAAGCGGUCAGCCAUUUGACACCAUCAAGGUGAAGAUGCAGACGUUUCCCAGCAUGUACCGUGGCUUCAUCCACUGCUUCAUUUCAAGUUUCAAACAGGUGGGACUCCGUGGUCUCUACAAAGGCACCACACCAGCCCUCCUGGCCAACAUCAGUGAGAAUGCGGUGCUCUUCUUGAGUUAUGGCCUGUGCCAGGACACUGUCCGUCUUUUGUUAAGGAUGGAUAAAGGAGCAGAGCUCAGUGAUGUCCAAAAAGCUUCUGCAGGGUCUUUAGCUUCCAUCUUCUCCUCCAUGGCCAUUUGCCCCACAGAGCUGGUGAAAUGUCGCCUACAGGCCAUGCAUGAAAUGGAGGAGACUGGAAAAGUUGCAAAAGGACAGCGAAGCACCGUCUGGUCUGUGGUUAAGACUGUGCUGCGGACAAAUGGUCCUUUGGGUUUCUACCAGGGACUCACCUCAACCAUUGUCAGGGAAAUACCAGGUUACUUCUGCUUCUUUGGUGCCUACGAAGUAUGUCGGACUACAUUUGCACACCAUAUGGGGACAGACAAAGACAGUAUAGGCAUUCUUCCACUUAUGUUCAGCGGUGGAUUUGGAGGGGCUUGUCUUUGGCUAGUGGUCUAUCCAAUCGAUUGUGUGAAGUCUAGGAUUCAAGUCUACUCUUUAGCUGGGAGGCAAGAGGGUUUCAUGAAGACCUUCAUGGGUAUUAUACGCACUGAAGGUUUCACUGCUCUGUACUCUGGUUUGACUCCUACCAUGAUACGCACCUUCCCUGCCAACGGAGCGCUCUUCCUAGCUUAUGAGUUCAGCCGUAAAUUUAUGAUGGACACAGUGGGGGCCACAAGUGUGCCGCUGCAGCUCCAUGUGUCAGACUUCUCUCCAAUGAUCUCAACAACAUCCAGCACAGUGGAGAUGGUUACUCCACGCAAACUUCAGAUCAGUGAAGAAAAUGUUGAAGAUAAAAAUGCAGGGAGGUUGGAAUGUUUUGGUUGGCUGCUGGUAAUUAUAUCCCUCCUGUUUAUAGCGCUAACCUUCCCAAUCACGUUGUUUAUGUGUGUCAAGAUAGUAAAGGAGUAUGAGCGAGCGGUCAUUUUCAGACUUGGGCGAAUCGCCGAUCGGAAACCUAAAGGACCAGGCCUAUUUUUUGUUUUGCCCUGCACUGAUAACUUUGUGAAAGUUGAUCUAAGGACUGUGUCUUUUGAUAUCCCUCCACAAGAGAUCCUGACCAAAGACUCGGUCACUGUGUCCGUGGAUGGAGUUGUCUACUUCCGCAUUCACUGUCCCAUCUCAGCUGUGGCCAACGUGUCCAAUGCACACUCAUCCACACGGCUGCUUGCUCAAACCACUCUGAGGAAUGUACUUGGCACCAAAAACCUUUCAGAACUACUGUCUGACAGAGAAGGAAUUUCAGUGAGCAUGCAGGAGGCCCUGGAUGAAGCCACCGACUCAUGGGGGAUCAAGGUGGAGCGUGUGGAGAUCAAGGAUGUGAAGCUGCCUCAGCAGCUGCAGAGAGCCAUGGCUGCAGAGGCGGAGGCCAGUCGGGAGGCCAGGGCUAAAAUCAUUGCUGCAGAAGGUGAGAUGAAUGCUUCCCGGGCUCUGAAAGAAGCAGCUCUAGUCAUUGAUGAAGCCCCGUCUGCUCUCCAGCUGCGAUACCUGCAGACUCUCAAUUCCAUCGCCGCGGAGAAGAACUCCACCAUCAUCUUUCCUCUGCCCAUAGACAUGAUGCAGAGUUUCAUGCAGAAAAAGUGAUGAACCAUGUAGUCUGCACAAUAAUUUUCGUCCCAAAGUAAGUUCGCAUGUUUCAAAUAGGGAGGAAAAAGAGCUACUCGUUAAUGCAAAUACAAACCAAACACUGUUUUUGUGUACCUAUUAUGCUUAUUGUGAUUUAAUAAUUAAAUACAAAGUGCAACAUACACAGCCAUAGCCUCUCAUUAUUAACCUCAGCUAAGUUACAGUUUCAGUAGAGGAGAGCGAAUGAAGUAGGCAAGAAACAAAAACAAUUCACAGCAAACUUAUAAAGACAUGCUUUCAUGGAAACUUCUCUGGAGUAUCUGAUUACAAUCAUUUUAACAACAAUUCACAGAAGUAACAACAUCCACGUGAUGCAGCGACCUCUCUCUGAUAUUGCAUGAAAAUUGUAAACAAAAGCUUUUACUCUUAUUCAUUCAUUAAAUGUGUACAAGACGGUGUCCACAGGACACAGAGGCAAUCAGUGCAAUCGGAGUACCUGAUGUAGAAAAAGGCAACUUCCACUGUCGGAAUACAGCAAAUCCUCUUCCCAAUAAACGUAAUUAUCUUAUCUACCAAUAAACGCAGCCACAGCCAAAUACCUGCUUUAAACAUGUUUACACACUUUACGAUACAUGAAAUGUAUAAAUGAAAUACUGUAAUGCUUAAAGCUGCAGUAGGGAGCUAUAAUAAUCAAUUCGUUUUUUGCAUAACAGAUAGACAGAUAAUCUGGGAAACAAUUGAGCUCCUCCGUUUUCUCACUGUUGUCCUGCAGCCGUCUGCAGUAAUACACCGCUUCCAGUCAGAAACAACCAAUCAGUGCCAGGACGAGGGUCUUAAUUCUGUCAAUCAGGCUCGUGUAUGCACUGCUCAAUGGGAAAGAACUUACUGUUACAGAAAAAACUUUCAUCUGUUGUCAUCAGUGGCCAUGCUAACUAGCCUUAGCUUUCAUGGCAGGCUCCAGUGUGAUAAACUAGCUGAGAGCAAGGGGAGUGUGUGAGCUGCAUGUACACAAGGGUGAUUGACAGUGGUAAGACCCUGCUCCUGGUUCUGAUUGGUUGUUUCUGACUGAGCGGAGUAUUUCUGCAGAUGGCAGUAGGACCGCAGGGAGAAGGCAGAGGAGCUCAAUUUUUCACAGAUUGCCUGUCUCAUGUUUUAAUAAACAUGUAAAAAGCAUAUUGUUUCUAAAAGUUACUCACUGCAACUUUAAGUAGUGAUUUUUUCUAAGACCUUUUUGAAACAUUUCUACCUACUUCUAACAUCUAAAUGCCUGUGUAAGAGAAAUGUUUACCGAGACAGACUUCUGACGGCUGGUUGCCAUAUGUAAACAUGAGCGAAUAAAAUAAAUGAAAUUUAAAUAAAAUAAAAACCAUGGCAGUUGCUUCCCUUUGAUGACUUAUGCAUUUUCUCAAAUCCUGAGCUUAAUCAAAACAAUGAAAAAUGAGGUAAGAUUGCAUCAGACUUUCAUUUCUUGCUUCUAAGUGACUCAGGAAAUGUUGCAAAACAGGAACACUGCAGAAAUGGUGGAGAGACUUUAUAAUUGGUUUAGCCGUUCAAACUGUACAUAUGGAAGUAUGAAGAACACUGAACAGAGCGCAGAAAAGAUAAAGCAAACUGUUACUGCUGCAAAAGGAUUCAUGCCCCUUAAGCUUUUCAACAAUUUGUCACGUUGCAACCACAAACUUAAAUGUUUUUUAUUAGAACUUUAUAUAACAAACCAAUGUAAAGUAGUGCAUAAUUGUAAAAUGAAAGGAAAUUGGUAGUUCGCAAAUAAAAAAAAGACUUCUGAAGUUACUAAUGGUAUGUAUAUGUGAUUUAAUCUCAUCUAAAUACAGGCAAUUGGGUAUUAACGUUAAAUUUUCUUGAGAUCUCAAGAAGUUUUAUCGUGGUUAAAUAAAGGUUGAAUAAAGACCUUUAUUUCCACUGUGGAAACACAGUGGUAGCAGCAUCAAGCUUAUCGGAGUUGAUGUGAAAAUGAAUGGCGCUAAAUUAAAGACGAGCCUGCCGAAAUAUGAAAAGGUUCCAGCAGGGCAGUAACCCUAAACACAUCGCCAGAUUUACAUUGGAAUGGUUUAGAUGAAGGGAUAAUUAGGCCCGAGCAGCAAAGCGCUGCGAAGGCCUAUUGUAUCUGUACUGUUUAUUAGGCCCGAGCAGC